CCUCUUGCCACACCGGCCCGACGCAGGUUGGUGCAGGCUCGUGUGCUACAACGACUCUCCUUUCCGGCCUUGCAUGUGGCCGCUCUACCUGCCAGUCGGACUGACCUGGCCUCGGUGUCCUCACACCUUCUCUCCUGCCGCCCCGUCUCCACAUCCUCCGGCUACUGCACACCUUUUCCUACACCGGCUUUACGCCCUUCUUCUUCUUCUUAACUAUGCUUCAGCCAUCGACACUACACUCGAUCGUCACGCAUGA